AUGGAAAAUUAUAAUGCUUACUACAACCUACCCUCAAAUACUGUGUUACCACCUGAACUUGCUCAAUUUCCAUUAGGUACAUACUUAGAUGAUGAUGAUGAUGAUGAAUUUCGAGCUGGAUAUCCGUUUUCGGAUAUUUCUGAUACGGAAAUUGAUGAGAGCUCGAAGUCGGAUGAUUUCUCAUUAGCUUCUGAUCAUGAUAUUCUUCAAUCAUGUAGUUCAAACAAUGGUACUCAAAUUCUCACAGUGAAAAAAAGUGAUCAGUUUGAAAGCACAUUUUCUAAUCAGCAAGAAAAACAAACAAUAAUUCCGGCAGCAUUCCAUCAAACAGAAAAACGUGAAGAAAAUCAUAAAAUUGAUACAAUUUCACACAAUAAUAACAAUAACGUAGGACUCGAUGUUCAUGUUCUUCAUGAUAUUGUAGACAAAGUUAAGGAAACCAAUACAGGAAAUCUUACAUGUUCACGUCAAUCAAAAACAACUCAUUAG